CCGGCGGACGGCCGCGCGGAGGUGAGGGCGGCAGCGUGACUAGGGACGAUGCUGAGCCGGCUUCAGGAGCUGCGUAAGGAGGAGGAAACUUUACUGCGACUGAAAGCGGCCUUGCACGACCAGCUCAACCGCCUCAAGGUUGAAGAACUGGCCCUGCAAUCAAUGAUUAUUUCAAGAAGAGGGGAUGAGAAGCUGUCUUCUCAACCUGCACCUGAACAGUCACAAGAUAUGCUGGUGCACGUAGACAAUGAAGCAUCAAUCAACCAAACUGCACUGGAGUUGAGCACAAGAAGCUGUGUGACAGAAGAGGAGGAGGAAGAGGAGGAGGAAGAAUCAGACUCCUAAAAGGGGAAAACAGCCAGGGUUAGUUAUACAAAUUGAAUUUCUAAGUCUCAGGCUCAUUCUCUCUCUUCAAAGAAAUCAUUUGCCAUGGGGCCUAUGGCCUGCUUCAAAGGAAGCAAAAACUAUAGGAGAAUGUAUAGUUGUAAAAAUGGUUCUAUCAAUAACAAGCUUCAGAAUGUUGUGACAGAAAAUCAAAGAUGCAGUGUCUUAGCAUUGAGCAGCAUGGGAGGUGCUUUGUAAUCUGGUCAGAUUCAGUAAUUGUAUUGAAAACAAAAUUUCCUCUGAAAUAUUGAGAAAGUUUGGCAUUUGCAAAAAGGGCAGAGUUUAAAUACAAGCCAGUCUUUCUAGUCAACAAUGCCUCUUUUACAAAAACCAGUUAAGGGCUGUUUGCAUGCCACUGAACCCUUGUGAGCAGAAUUAGGCCACAGUCUAGGAGAGAAGGAUGACAAGGGGAAAGAGGGAGGGCCACUUAAGAGCACAAACUGUUGCCACCUCUCAGAGGCAUUGCAACACCCUGCCCAUUAUAGACUGCUUCUUGUGGCUGUUAUUACAUCUCAAUUGAGACAUCACUGGUAAAAUGUACUUACAAAUAAAUUACAGAUAAAUA